AGAUACUAAAAAUUCAAUCUAACCAUUAUUAAAUAAAAUUAUAAACACUAUAUAUAUACAUCAAUGUCAGUAUUAUACAUAAAAGUAUUCUAUUUGAUACGAUUUCUCACUGUGUAUAGGAAAUAAAACUGAAAUUGUAUGAUUUAUCGUAUAAAAAUAAAGAAAAUUACUUCGAUUAAAUUAUAAUUGUUAAUCACGAUAUUUAUAUAAUAAUGAAGUUCUCAGAAUUGAGUCUGAGUGAAAUCUUAAAUGAUUUUAGAGAUCUUUUGAUAUUCGAAACUUGAGGUACUUCAAACUGAUCUCGUACUACAAGUAAAGCUUGUAUGCUAUCUAGUUUUUAUUCUCAACGCAUAACUUUAAUACUAUUGUUCUUCUAGUCAUAGAUAUUGCUUUAAAACAAAAUGUCGCACAUGAAUUAUCAUUUUUUUACAGAUUAUGUUUGGAACAAAGUAUUGGAAGGUAUUGAACAUAUAUUUAUCGAACUCAUGGAAUCUCAAAGUCGUUAUAUAUGGAAGUUUCUACGUAAAUACAAGUUUAAUCUUUUAUUUUUAUUUUUAUUUUUCAAUAUUUGAAUUAUUUUUAUAGUGUGGUUUAUGAAUAUUGUUUACGUUAUUUAUUAGAACGCAUUCCAUCAAGAAGAUCUACUCGAAAUAAUCGACAAAAUGAUGUACCUAUUGAAGAAUAUGUUGUUGGUGAAUUAUAUAUCAAAUUGAAAGAUUAUUUAAAAAUUUAUUUAGAAGAAAUUUGUGAAGGUCGUUAUACAAAAGUACGACUGGUAGCAUUAAGUUAA